AUGAAGGGGGCAAGGAGGGGAGGAGAGGUGGGAGAGAAGGAGGAUGGUGAGAGAAGAAGAAAGAGAGGAGGUAGAGAUAUACAAAGGACACAGGGAGGGAGAGCGAGAAAGAGGGAGAGAUGAGAAUAUAUAGAGGCAGAAAAAGUAGGGGGUGUAAAAAAUGAGUGGCCAUCAGUAAAUCCCAGAGGGGAAGGCUUUGCCCUCUCUGUGCAGGAAUCCAUCUCCUACUGGCUGUGUUUGGCCAUGAUCCUUUCAGCUCCACCACAAUGCCUCUCUCUCUGUGUGUGUGUGUGUGUGUGUGUGUGUGUGUGUGUGUGUGUGUGUGUGUGUGUGUGUGUGUGUGCAACGGGCUUGUUUCUCUCUCUCUUUUUCGCUGCAUCUCUCCCUUGGCCCCUCCAUGUCUUUCCUGGGCCAGUAGGAGUGUGGCGCUUAUGAGCAGUCUGUGUCAUAGAGGAGAGGCCAGAGAGGAUUGUGGGGCUUACAGAGGGAGUGUGUGGCUUUAUUUCUGUUGUUACAGCUCUGUCUCAGACACACUCCUUGUACAGCACAGAGGAGAGGAGACUCUAUUUCAACAUUAAAGGAACACAUUUCUAUUAUUAUAGAUAUUGAUCAUCACAAAUACAUCAGGAGAGAAUAAUAAGAACUAAGAGGAGGAACGGAGAGGAGAACAUAAGAGGAGAGGCGGGGAGAGGAGAGGAGGAGUGCAGAGUUUUGGGAAGUAUAAUGGGUCGGUGUCAGGUGCAGCCCAGACACUUAAUGGAUGACUGAUCAAUGGGCUUCUAUAAUUAAUACCACAGACCAGGAUGAAAUAUUGAUUAAGGCCUUGCCAUCUUUCUUUCUUCCGCUCUCUAUUCUCACUUUCUCUCUCUCUCUCCUUCCCUCUCUCUGUUUCUCUCUCUCUUUCAACUUCAGAUUAAACCCCCUCUCUGCCCCUCAGACAGUCCCACUCCAGCAAAACGGCUUCCCUGAAAUCUACAAAAGAAUAAGAAAUGAUGCCGUGCCGUUGUCGAGCACACAUUGUUGGACGCACUGACUUGAAACAAUGCUAUUAGGAGAUGAAAAUUGCAACCAAGUCGUUACCGGCGAGAUCUAUCGCUGCACUGUACAACACUCAUUCUCAACAACACCAUGUAGCCUGUAUCUAUCCCCAUCUGGCUUCCCAUCCGUUAACAAAGACAGCUUUCUAAAGGAAGAUGCAUUCGACAUGAUGUUUUCAUAUUUGAUAUUGCACACACUUUUCUUGACAGAAGGUUGCAUAUAGUGCCUUGACAGUUUAUGACGUAGACUGAUCGAAACGUUGUCAUUUUCAAUCAUUGCAAAGGCAUACAGUGUCCGGGAGUCACUGCUCCCUUCUACACAUGUAAUAUCACCUGAACGUUGCUGGCCUGGGCGUGAUUGAAAAGUUCCAUUAACGUUCCUGGGCCAAGAGAGAGCAAGUCUGAAGGCUGCUCUUUAGGGCCAACCUACUGUACAUUGUUCUCCCUCAGAUGUUUAUUGUAUUGUACAGCGUCAGACUGGGCCAGGACUCUGAAGGGGCCAGAUUGAUUAGUUUGAUUUCCCAACCUCCUAGCAGACUGCCUCUGUCUCUGCCUGCCCACCUUGCUUUCACCCAGACUCCAUUACCCAUCGAUUUUUCUUCCCUCACAAACACAAACGCAAAGGCAAGGUCAGAGAGUAUCCUUUCAACUCCUCAGCCUUUUCCUCCCUCACUCACUCACUCACUCACUCACUCACUCACUCACUCACUCACUCACUCACUCACUCACUCACUCACUCACUCACUCACUAUCUCUCUCUCUUUGUUCUCUCUCUCGCUCUCUAUCUCUCUAUUUUAUUUUAUUCCCCUCCACUCCCUGUCACUCCUCACUCUUGUUCAUGCAUGCUCGUCACGACCUGGUCUACCUGUGCUCAGAGACUUAUUUUCUUAUGGAGCGAGGGAGAGAAGGAAGGAAGGAGGGGGUGAGGGGGGAUAUGCGGAGGGGGAAGGAAAAUAAGGAGGUAAAGUAUUGGCUGGGGAAGGAGAGGAGAAGGGAGGAGGGAUGCUGUUAGGAAAAGUAUUUAAUUAAAGCUAAAACUAUCAGGCGCUUCGCUGCUUAGAUGCUUGGAAGUUUUAUGGCAAUUAAGAAUGUUCUCUAGUAUAAGGUUUAGGAAGGAUUUGAAAGGAAAAGCACUCACCCAUGAAGUCUGUGUGUGGGUGCGUGUGUGUGUGUGUGCCUUUGCGCCAGGGGCGUCAAUUGGCAGGUAAAGAUGGCUGUAGUAGAUGGCUUGGGCUAGGUACUGUAACUGCUGUUUGACUUGACAUGAAACUAAACUAGAGUUUUAAUCCCGGUGCUUAGCUAGUGCAUAGCAGUGUUAUUACCACAGGUGGACUCCAAUCAAGUUGUAUUAACAUCUCAAGGAUGAUCAAUGGAAACAGGAUGCACCUGAGCUCAAUUUCGAGUCUCAUAGCAAAGGGUCUGAAUACUUAUGUAAUGUGGAAAAAGUCUAGGGGUCUGAAUACUUUCCGAAUUCACUUUAAAUGAAGCUACAGCAACAAGGUAAUAAUGUCUGGAGUCAAUUUAGCUUGUUUUUUGCUUUUUGCAUUUGAUAGUUUUUAAAUUGUGUAGAAAUGCUGUAAAUAAGCUUCAAUUUUAUUUUCCUGCUGGUAUUAGCCUUACCUGACUGCAGGCGCAUUUGUUUUAAUUUGUGCUGCUAAACUGAACACCCCCACUGACUUUGAAAGCCAAUCAACACAAAAAAAUUAAACUGGAAGGGGAAAAACUUGGCCCAGAAUUAGAGAAGUUCAACUAAGAGGGAGCGCAUGGUGGGAGAGUGGCGAGAGGGAGCGAGUGGGAGAGGUUGAAGGACAAUGCUCUGGAAAGGAAACAAGGAAGUACUUACAUUUAGAGAGGUGGAGAGUAAGUGAUUCCAGGCAACAAAACAAAGAGAACACCUUCACGGAGGAAUAAACAAGGGACAUUUAAUAACAGGGUCUGAGUUUUUAUUUUGUGAAGUCUCUCCCCUCUCCGCUCCCCCUCUUUUACCCAAAACUAUGUAGCUUCUCUAAUUAACUUUGAUUGCUUUUUAUGUCCUGAGAGCUGAGCUCUGCUCUGCCUGUGAAGGACGAGGUGACCCCAAACAGAUGUGAAUGCAGCUAUAAGCACAUUAACUUCCCCCCUCCACACCCUUCCACUCACCCCCCCCCCCCAAUCCAGUUUCUGUGCGACCGCCUUGAAAUUACCAUUAAUGCGACUUUUUCAACUAAUUCUGACAAUGUAAGCUUGGAUCGGACAGUGGCUGUGGGAGAAGGAGGAAAGGUAGCAAUGACAGGGCGCAUCUCCCGGACCAGGGGUGCAUCUCAGCAGUCUUAAAUGGCUUCCUUUCCUCGUCUCCUGUCCUUCGUAUGAGUAGAUGAUGAAGGAAAGGAGCAGACAAGGAGUAGUGGAUUGAGACUUGAGAUCCAUGUAGCCACCUCGUACCCACAAACCAUUCUCAUCUUGAAUUCUCACUUUCUUAGGAGGCCAAAAUAAAUGUAAGGAAGACAUGAUACGUGAGAAACAGACGGCAACAUGUUUAGAUUGUUUUCUACAGAAAAGUGAGGGCGAGUGAAUGAAAAUGUAUUUUUUCUCCCCAGAGUUUAAUGAAUGUGAUAUACCAUCCAUGCAGAAUGGGCUUUAAGCACUCAGGGCCUCCACUGUGGCUGUAAACAAUGGCGGUACACACACAAACAUGCACACAAACACAUGCACACACACACACACGCAGACUAGAUGCUCCAGUUUUGAGGAAUUGCAUUUCAGCAAGGAGAGGAGAGAGUAUGCGGGUGCUCUGCGUACCCCUCCUUCUUCCACACAUAAUCGCUGCAGCUUGAAAGAGCUCAUAAAUCAGCCUACCACAAUGGAUUGUUGGGGGAGAAAUAUGUGCCCCUGGCAUUUUACAUGGUGCGGUGCCAAGCCAUGGACAAUAAUAAUUAUCCUUGUUAUUCAAAGUGGAGAAAACACAUGGGAGAUGUUUGGGUGUUGGCUGGCUCAGAGAUAUGCUGUGUACCCACUCACUACACCCCUUUCCUGUGUCAGUGUUUCAGAGGGUUGAGGCCUUGCUUUGUAAUGCUGGGUUUUACUAGAGCCGCCUGUUAUGUAUGCAGUGUCUGAGCCCACAUAUGGGUGGCUAACUGGUUACUGGUGGUUGCUAAACUGACUGCUUAGUUGACUAUGCUACCUACUUGCUCUCGUAUGAGUUGAAUUACUUAGACAGAAAGUUAGAUCUCUUCCUAUAGCGUCUGAGUUACUAAUCUUUUGUGUUGCAUACAUUUUCCAGAGGGAAUUAAACUUUAAAUGUGGGAUAAAUGGUAAAGCACAGAUUAAGAAGUAUAAGUUCUGAAGGAUAAGUGUUUAGAAAAAUGUUUCAUGUUUUCAGCUCUCUCUCUCUCUCUCUCUUACUAAAUAGAAACCCGACGAGCGGACUAUUCUGCGUUGUUAGUUGCACAUCAACUGCCACCCUACCGCCGGGUGGCCUUAUUACUCAACACAAUACAACACACUUGUGAGGUUUAAAGUUCCCUUUUCACUCCUCAUAUCUAGCUUUAACCCAGCUUUGGUCGAACGAGCAUCAUCUGUCUCUCUCUCUCUCUCUCUCUCUCUCUCUCUCUCUCUCUCUCUCUCUCUCUCUCUCUCUCUCUCUCUGUCUCUCUCUCGCUCUCUCUGUCUCUCUCUCUCUCUCGCGCUCUCUCUCUCUCUCGCUCUCUCUCUCUCUCUCUGUCUCUCUCUCUCUCUCUCUCUGUCUCUCUGUCUCUCUCUCUCUCUGUCUCUCUGUCUCUCUCUCUCUGUCUCUCUCUCUCUGUCUCUCUCUCGCUCUGACUGUCUCUCUCUCUGUCUUUCUCUCUGUCUCCCUCCCCCCCUGAUAGUCUAUUUCUAAUCUAGAUAAUGCUCUCAGAGGUGCUUUGAUUUGCACUGCAAGCGUGUCCCACUCAUCUUGCCGUAGCAGGUUUGGGUCACACUAUGGGACGGACUCCAUGGGUCUCUGCAAAUCCAAUGCACUUCUCAAAAUGCCUAUCCAGGCCCUGGAAACUAAUUAUCUGCUCUGGACUGAAAAUCAGUAUCAGUAACCUAGGUCUUUCUGGUUUGACUUCUCUCCACACGUCUCCCUGUCUGUCUUCUGCCUGAUGUAGCUACUUUCUCCACAGUGUUUUCCUCCUCCAGAGAGGGGAGAUCAAUGUCUCUAAAGCAGGCAGAUGAAGUUAGGUGCUGCUGGGGUUAAACAGGGCUGGGUGAUAGGGGUGGAGGCUCGUCAAUCUCCUGGCUAUCCACUGAGAUCUGUGCUCUGGCCCUCCCUCCGUCUACCCUCUGUUAGACUGAUCGAUGGUGGAUCUUUACUAACGCUCCCCUCCACUAUUUGUUCUCUCUUUGUCUCAGUCUGCUUUCUGUCUGCUCUCCUUCCUAACUGUUUUCUAUUCUGUUUCCAACCAGUAGCUCUUAAGCUGAGGGGAUAGGUCUAUAGAUAAAGUGCAAAGAAGUACUGCAGGACAAGUAGAACUGAUAAAUUCACUGACCUUUAGUAUAACAGAACUACAUUUGUAACAUUUUAUUAGAACUGCACCAUUGCCAGAAUAACAAUAAGAAGGAUCCCUUAAGGCCAUGAAUGAAACGCUAGCAGCAUCCUAUAAUAUACACUGGUUGUCUGGUAGGGCCCACAUAACACAUCCCUCUAUCCCUACCAUGCUCCUCCUGCCUCUCACUCCUUCUCCCCCCUCUCCCUGUCCUGUUCUUCAUCUCUCUCUCUUCUUCCUUCCCUCCCUUUCUCUCCCUCUCCUCUCCAUCUCUCUCCCUCUGUCCUUCCCUUCUUCUCAUUCUUUCUUCUUUCUCUAUCUCUUUCUCUCUCUUAUUCCCACAGCUCAACUCUAUUAUGAGACACUUAAAACUGCAGCAUCAUUCAUCCAUAUACAUUUCUGCCAUCAUCCUAAUAACAGACCCUUCUCCCCCUCCUCUACGUCGCGCUCUACCCCUCUCCUCUCCUCCCCACAGCCAAGAUAAAGUCCAAGUGUGCUCCGACGUUCUUCGCCUGUGCCAACGGGAUCCACUGUAUCAUCGGGCGGUUCCGUUGCAAUGGCUUCAGUGACUGUCCUGACGGGAGCGACGAGAAGGAUUGCAGUGAGUAUCCCACAGCAACCACCUCCCAUCCCAUAAUAACCCUGGCAACCACACCCCAUCAUGACCUUAAUGUACAGUAUGUCAUGGAAACCACUCUCUAUUUAGCCACAUACUGUAUUUAAACUCUGGUUGGUCUUCUGGACCUACUGUAUGAUCAGUGCAACUUGUCCUCUUGUUAGCAGACACCUUAGCACUCUACAGGGAUAGGGGAUAAUUUGGGAGGCAGCUUUAGCUGUAGUAUAGAGUAGUGGUGGAUUUGGGAGUGGGCUCACGUGGCUCCCUCCCUCUGUUCCUGUUUCUCUCCAUCUCAGCAGAGCAGCUUCUAACGAGCCAAUCACUCUCCAUCGUCAGAGACACUGUGCCUAGCCUGCAGGCCCCCACGCUGACGCACAUCUAAUCUAGCCAUUUAAAUGGAACUGCGCUCCCUCCGUGUGCUCUGUGCUGUGAACGCCGCGCUCUGAGAACCGACCGCUACGUCUCUACUGCCUAAUUGUCUGGAUCUUCUUACAAGAUAAUUCCGCCUCAUUCUGCCCAGGCUUGGAACAAAGGCCAAGCAGCACAAGCGUGCAAAGAGGAAUCAGAAGUGUUCUGAGGUCUCUCAUGCUAGUUGGAUUUUUGUAUCUAAUCAAAAACCCAGAUUUAAUGGUUUUACUGUAUCUCUCGAUGCGGUGUGAUGCAUACAUUUUUUUCAUUACUUCCCUCUUGAUAUUUCUCUGAUAAAUUGUUAAAUUGGACCGUGUUAAAGGUUUUAGAUUGAUGUUUGAGGUUUCUAUCGUUUUUUUUGGUUUCUUCCACUUCAGUUUAAGGAGCUGGUGGUUAUAAAAACGAAACAAAAGAAUGCCUACAGUUUGUUUAUCACAUACCUAACCCCUGACCUCUAACCCCUGACAUCCAACUCCUGAGCUGUGUUGUGGUCCUCUCACAGCAGGUAACCCGCUGGUGUGUCUGGAGGCCCGCUUCAAGUGUCGUAACGGGCACUGUGUGGACCGCAGUUUCCUGUGUAACGGACAGGACAACUGUCAGGACAACAGUGACGAGGAACACUGUCUCACCACCGCAGGUAAGGAGCUACACACUACAUAG